CACAACAUUUAUACGCGGGGUCCCUUGAGCCAACACGUCAGCUGGUCUUGGGCUGGGUCUUGAUGUCACAGAGCGAUGUGGCCUGAAGACAACCACUACUACUACCACAGCUACUACUAAACCAAGACUAUUUGUAGUAGAGACGAGACACACUUAUCUACCACAAUGUCUACUGCAGAAUGAAGGCCACUACAGUUACUACAAAGAUGGCUGACAGGGAGGCGAGAGAAGAGGAAGAGGAGGAGGAGGAGGAGGAGGAGGAGGGAGGAAGACCAGAGGAGGAGGAGGAGGAGGAGGAGGAAGACCGACAUCCGAAACUUCGUCAAAAUCCCACAUUACAAUUCUCCCGGAAAACUCGCCUCUACAAACCCGCAGAUUCCACGCCUGCCGUCGGGUGUGGGGGGGCGGGGACGGCACCCACACCUGCCCACACACCCGCCGCACCUGCCCCCCUUGUCCUGGCGCCCCCCCCACCCCCCACUCUGGUGUACGGGAGGAUUAUAUUGGGGGAAGUGACUCCCCUCUUGGCGGCCAUUAGGAGGACAGGAUCGCAGCGAUGGUCUGGACAGGACCCGGUAGACCACCUCCACCACCACCAUCACCACCUGACCCUCCCCCUGGUUGAACUCCAGCGUCGGUUGAUGACCCUGACCCCCCCUGACCCGCCCCUCCCCCCCCUGGUCUACCUGGAACCCUUUCUGGCCAUCAUCAAAGCGGAGGAUACCAGCGGACCAGUCACACGCGGUGCCCUCAAUGCUGUCAACAGGAUGAUCAGCUAUGGCCUGCUGAACCCUCGGGACAGCUCAGCAGGCAGCCUACGAGAGUCAGCAGAGGCAGCAGAAGCAGUAGCCGCAGCAGUCAGCAGGGCGAGAUUUAUAGGAACCGAGUCAGCAUCGGACGAGGUGGUGCUGUACAGCAUAGUCUGGCUGCUGAGUUCCCUGGUGCUGUGUGCUGCCGGCCCCCUGCUGACCAAUGCUGCCGUGUGCGAGAUCCUCAACUCAGCGUUCAGGAUCUGCUUUGAGAACCGUCUGAGUGACCUUCUCCGAGCUUGCACCGAGGAAGCGUUGCGACAAAUGGUGACAUUAAUCUUCACACGCCUACCUUUGUAUCCCCCCCACGACGCCCCCCAGGCCCCCAGCUCCACCCCCUGCCACAACAAGGUCAAGCUAAGGUCGGGGAAGGUCGCUGCCAAGUCUGGACCCCCUGCGGCGAACGGACCCGGAGAUAUGAGGUCGAGAAGUCAGGGGUCAAAUUCCUCGGCAAAACCCGAGAUUGAGUCCUGUGGUGUCGGGGGCGUUGUCGCAGCUGGUGUUGUGGCGGCUGGUGUUAGAAGCAUGGCGGCUGUGGCGGGUGGCUCUAACACACCCGGCGGAGGAGCGGAGGACGCCAGCGGACCGCCAACUCAACCACACGAGGCGUCACAGGCGGAAACGGACGAGGAUUUUGAGCUGAAAAACGCCGAAAAUGGAAAAACCGCCCCGGAAAAGAUUUACGAAACGGCGAUUGGCACGCCGGCGGCUGCUUGUGGCGGCAUGGCGGGUGACCCAGGCGGUGUGGGAGACAUGGCGGCUGGUGUUCGGAGCCACACGGCCGCCACACCGCCCCAAACACCAGCGCAAACACCACCAGCGUCAGACAAGUUUACCAACGCCCAGGGAGUGACAUUUACCGUGACUUCAAAACACGGGGACGAUUCGACGUUUAACUCCGCAAACGGGGACCCAAACACACAGCCGUUUGGAAUACCGUGUGUCCGGGAGGUCCUGUCCUUCCUCAUAUCCCUGACCACCCCGACGAACGACCAAAACACCGUCAAAAUGAUCCAAACGGCACUCAACCUCCUCACCGUCGCUCUCGAAAUCGGGUCAAACACCAUCGGGGAAAUACCGUGUUUGGUCAGCCUUCUCUCGGACCACCUCUGCAAACACCUCCUGCAGAUUCUGACCCGUUUGGACACGCACCGAAGCUAUGGGGUCUACACGAGUGCCCUGCGUUUGUUUGCGUGUUUGUGUGAGAGUUUCCGCACACACAUCAAGUACCAAAUCGAGGUUCUGCACACACGGAUCCUCUCGCUUGUGACCUCGGAACAAGCGGAGGUCACGUACACACACAAGGAGUACGCUAUCCAAACGCUCAUCCAUAUCUGGUGUUUGGAUGGGUUUCCAAACGAGCUCUAUAUCAAUUACGAUUGCGAUGUUUUCUCUGCGAAUUGCUUUGAGGAUACGGUCAAAUCCAUCUCCAAACAGGUGUUCCCGCUUGAAGGCGUGUUUGGAAAUAACCUCCUGUGUUUGGAUUUGCUGCUGCUGCUGAUGGAGAGCCUGGACGCAAACGCAGACAAAACCAGGGAUGACUCCGCGCUUGAAAACGUGUAUCAAGCGUCCGCGGCUGCAAAACAAACACAUCCAAACGGGAAGUGGUCGCCCAGCGGGGAAAUCGCGGAGGGGGGCGUGUUUUACCCAUACGGACAUGCCCCCAGGCUGGUCACACGCACGCAACUCCGCGACGGGAAACAAACGGACGUCCAAACGCUGACCAAACGCAAACGGCAGAAAAACGUGAUUGCAACCGCGACAGAGCUCUUCAACACCAAGCCGGAGAAGGGAAUCGCCUACCUCAUAGAAAACGGGAUCCUGGGAGCGAAAACGGCAGCCGGGAUCCAAACGGCGGAGACCCCGGUCCAAACGCAGGGGAAAACGGAGCCGCCCGGUCUAUCCAGGGACAAGGGGAAGCAAGCCGCGGAAGACACGGAUCAAACGGAUCACAAACGCAAGGAGAAAACGGACCAAACGCAGCGGAGUCAAACGGAAGCGGAGGAGAUUGCCGUUUUUCUCCGCCAGAACCCUAAGUUGUGCAAGAAAGCGCUUGGAAACUACCUCUCGGCCAAGAAAAACGUGGAUAUCCUAAAUGCGUUUGUCGGGACGUUUGAUUUCAAGAAUCUACGUGUGGACGAGGCGCUCCGUUUGUUUCUGGAGUCGUUCCGUUUGCCCGGGGAAGCUCCGCUCAUCUCGCUGGUCCUGGAGACAUUCGCUACACACUGGUUCGAGUCAAACACCAAAACAAACGGGAAACCAAACACCGGGGAGGAACAGACAAACGGAGCACAGAAUCUCAACGCUGGACCCACGGAUGUGAUUUCGGGUGACGCAAACGUGGAUGAGCCAAACACCGUCGAUCCAAACGUGUCCGAAAUUCCAAACGCCGGUGAGUCAAACACGGAAAUCCCGCACAUGGUUGGAAUUGCAAACACCCAGGGGCCGAAUGUCACCGAACCAAACACACUGGGAAUUCCAAACGCAGGGGAGGUGGAUACAAGCGUAGGGGAGAUUCCAAACGGCUCGGAAGGCGUGGGAAUCUCGACACCUGGGAAUGAGAAUGUCGUAGAUUCAAACUUGGCGUCAAUCCCAAACGCAUCGUCAACGGAUCCAAACGGAGGGAGUCGCCCAGCGCCCGGAACGCAGCAAACGUCAAACGCAACCUCCCCGAGACCAAACAGGGCCAGCAAACUCAGGCCAGGGAACACAAACGGGACUUCGGGAUAUCCAAACGGGACCUCGGCGAAUCCAAACACCGGGAGUAGAUUGAAGCCCGGGUCAACAGGAGGAGGCUCGGGACCCACCGCCUCCACCCCGCUCACCCCAAAUCCAAACGGAGGUCCGCCCAAACCAAACGUGGCGCCCUAUAACCCAAACGUGCUGUCCAGUGAUGCUGCGUUCACCCUGGCCUAUGCUGUCAUCAUGCUAAACGUAGACCAGCACAAUAAAAACGCAAGGAAGCAAAACGUACCCAUGACAGCGGACCAGUUUAAAGCGAAUCUCCGUGGAGUCAAUGAUGGGCAGAAUUUCGAUCCGUUUGUCUUGGCCGAAAUCUACCAGGCGGUCAAAUCGGAGGAGUUCGUCAUGCCCUCGGAGCAAACGGGGGUCAUACGGGACGAGUACGAGUGGAAACUGGUCCUCAAACGGGGCCGUAUGGAACAAUCGGAGCCCUAUGUCCUUGCAAACGGAGGGAGGGCUAUGGACCAACAGCUGUUUGCCUGCGCUUGGGGGCCAUCCGUCGCCGCCCUCUCGUACGUGUUUGACAAGACGACAAACGAGAGUGUCAUCAAAACGUCGCUCGCUGGGUACAAGCGGAUCGCCUCAAUCGCGUAUAGAUUCAACAUGUCGGAUGUUUUCGAUAAUCUGAUUGUUACGCUCUGCAAAUUCACGAGUGUGACGGGGCAGUCCGAGGGCAUCGCGGCUGUCUUCGCAGGGAGCAUAAGGGCCAGGCUGUCCACCCGCUGCGUUGUUGACCUCAUAGUAGCCUACGGGGACGCUGUGCGGGACGGCUGGAAGAAUGUUGUUGAGGUCAUUGUCCGUCUUUUCAAAGCAAGACUCCUCCCUUCCUCUCUCACCGAUGCCCACGACUUUUUGGACCCGAGCGGCAAGGUCAGCCUCCAGCCAUCUCCUCCCCUGGCUGCUCCCCAACGCCCCGAGAACAGUCUCUUGUCCUCUCUCUACUCCUACAUCGCGCUCGGAGAGUCCACACACACGCGCACACAGGCCGACAGCGAAACAGUCAUGUGUGCGCGUGAGUGUGUGCGCGCCUGCCGCCCUGAACGCAUCAUCCACGAGAGCGUGUAUUUACGCACACACACGCUCAUGGAAUUCACGCACACGCUUCUCUCCGACGCGUACACGGGCCAGGAGGACGCACACAGCCACACGCACACACAGGCCUUCCUCCUGGAGCUCUGUGUGCGCGUUCUGACGGCAAAUAAGGACCGCGUACAUAAGAUCUGGCCCCAUGUGCGUAAGAGCAUGUACGCGGCGUUCCUGUGUGCGCGGAGGAGCGAGCGUGUGUACCUCCUGGAGCGUACAUGUGUGUGCGUCUUGAGGUGCACACAGGUUCUCUUAAGGAGGCCAUCGGAGGGCUGGUCCAGGACGGUUCAAUGGCUGCUUUCCAUAAGGCCUAAACUCAUGAAUCGCGUCGCUCGGCAGAUCCUGUUUGGCCUGAAGGAGGUUCUGACAGCCAACACGCUGCACAUCCAGAUUGAAGAAGAUUGGGAUCUGAUUUUUAGACUUGUGGAGUUUGCCGGAGCGGGCGCCUUACCCCCCCCUCAGUACCUCCUGGGGGGGGCGGGGGAGGAGGAGGAGGGAGGAGGAGGAGAGAGCGAUGGUACCAUUGACUCUGGGGUUGGGAGCGAUGACCUACCACAACAACCACAACCAUCAGAUGAGCCCGGUAGUUCUGGUAGCCGGCAACCACCACCACCGUCACCACCACCACCACAGCUACCACUCAGACAACCACAGCAACCGUCAUUGGAUAGUACUGGGGGAGGAUGGAUUCUGGUCGGUCGCGAGGGGGAAGUUGAACUACAGAAUCAACAACAACAACAACAACUAUCCCCUACCACAACUACCACACCUACCACUGCUACCACCACACCUUAUACUCUAGUCCCAACCACAACCCCCAGACACCGACAUAGGCCUAAAAAUCUACUUGCGGCAAUUUCAACUCUCUCCUUCCUGGCCAAAGACUGUCUACCAUCUACUACCACUACUACUACUACUGCUACUACUUCUACUACCACUCCUACUACCACUCCUGCUGCUAACACCAUCCUUGCCCUUGGUAGUGCGACGCGGGCGACAAGAACUUUAGUCGAGGCGGCCCUUCAUGGGGGGCUCAUCAACCAGCAGCUAGCAGAGGAACGGAGCAAGCUGGCCUCUACCACCAACAACAACAUCAGCCACAAGAAGAAGAAGAAGAAGAAGAGGAAGAAGACUACCACUCCUACUACCACUACUACUACUACUACUACUACUACUACUACUACUUCUAUGCCUACUACCACGCACUUCAGCCCUUAUAGUAGUGAAAAUGAGGAGGCUUCGGAUAUUGAUGAUGACGAUGGUGGUAGCAGUUGUGGUAGUGGUGGUGGUGGUGGUGGUAGUGAUGGGCCUGACAGCAACCAGAAUUACCAGCUGGUCUACCAACAGGUCUCGGAGAAGCUCCUGGAUUUGAUGGGCUGUUUACAUACCUCUGCCAGCCAGCUAUCUACUUUCUACCAGAACCAGACUGCUACUACCACUACUACUACUACUAUUACUACUACUGCUACUACUGUCGACCUGUGGAAUGUGGCUCUUUGUCCUCUGCUACAAGGCAUUGCAAGAUUCUGCUGUGAUUCUCGAGGAAGUAUCCGGAGCCUGGCACUCACUACUCUACAGCGCGCCCUUCUAACACAUGACCUGGUGCUGUUGACGCCUCAUAAGUGGGAGGAGCUGUUCCAUCGAGUGCUCUUCCCCUUACUUAACGGACUAAUAGACCUACAGCUACUACUACAGCUACCACUACCACCGCACCAACCACAGCUUCUACCACAACAGCAACUUCAACUACAGCAGCUCGAGGAGGCAAGACUCAGAGCAGCUACCCUCGUGAUGAAGGUUUACUUGAGGCAUCUGUCACCACUUCUGACUCUUCCGACAUUCACUGCACUCUGGUUGACCAUUCUAGACUUCCUGGACAAGUAUCUAAGUGUCUCCAACGACCACCUGCGCGAGGCCAUCCCGGAAAUGCUCAAGAACAUGCUUCUGGUUAUGCAGACCACGCAAGUGUUUCAGACCACGGAAGGAUUCACGAAACUCUGGUGCAUAACUUGGGACAGAAUAGACGCCUUUCUUCCGACCCUAAGGCAUAACGUUUUCCGCUCCCAUCCGCCCUCGGAAAUUCAAAGCCCAGACACUGCCCCUGCUGCCCCAUCUGCUGAGACAGUUCCUGCUGAGGAGAAGGAGGAGGAGGAGGAAGAGAAGAAGGAGGAGGAGGAAGAGAAGAAGGAGGAAGAGGAGGAGGAGGAGGAGGAAGAGUAUAUACCAUCAUCCUUAGGAGAGCAACAGGCUGCCAGGCUCUCUCUUAGUCAGGAAAAUCUCCCUGAAAUCAUUGAGCACUCUGGCGUCAUCCUGCAACCUCCCCUGCCGGCGCCCCUUGUGAGCCAAUCAGAGGCCAGCAUGAGCGAGAGGGGGCGGAGCUACCAGCCAGACAGCCAAUCAGCGCUCCCCAUCAUCCUGCAAGGGUUGCCACUAUUCGCAACGGAGAAGAAGAACUGAAGAAGACAUUCCUAGUGUUACUGCUGUUGUAGUUAAGUGUUGCUUGUUCAUAACUGCAAUCAUUAUUAUUAUUAUUAUUAUUAUUAUUAUUAUUAUUAUUAUUAUUAUUAUAUAUAUUAAAAUUGGUUGUCAUGUU